AUGGCGCCGCAGCCGGGGCACACAAUCGACCAGACGCCCGAGUACGUCGAGUUCAUUGGCAAGCUGCGCGAGUACCAUGCCAAGCGCGGGACCAACUUUGAGCCGGAGCCCAAGGUGGGGCAGACGCCGGUGGACCUGCUCAAGCUGUUCAAGGUGAUUGUCGAGCACGGCGGCUACGACAAGAUCAGCGAGGAGAAGCUGGCGUGGCGCAACAUGGUCAACGCGCUCGAGCUGUACAGCAACAACGAGGCGUCCGCCGCCUACAGCCUCAAGCUCGCCUACUACAAGAACCUGGCCGCCUACGAGAUCACCACCAUCCACAAGCAGGAGCCGCCGCCGCCCGAGAUCCUCGAGCACAUCUCGGCCAAGGGCGGCGGCCUGCUGACGCGCACGCUCGAGAACUUUGGCGGACACCGCGCGACCAUGCGGCCGUCGGGCGGCUUCGACUCGCCGAUGGGCGGCACCGGCAGCAGCAGCAUGGGCGACCCCAUGGGCACGCCGACGCGCCAGGACCAUGCGGCGGCCGGGCCCGACGGCACGCCGCUGAGUGGCCGCGCGUCACGCGGUCUACGGGAAGCGCCGGCCCAGCGUGUCAUUUUCCAGCCGGACACGGCCUCGACGCGCCAGUCACGGCACGCCUCGGGGCAGCAGGCCGGCAGCGGUGCACAUGCGGCAGGGCACCACGGCCCGCCGGGCCACCAUCACCUGCCAGGAGCACCACAGGGAGCGGCGUCGUUUGGUGGCGGCAUGCACCCAAACCAGAACCACCAUGGCCUGCCGCCACAUCAGCAGCAGCAGCAGCAAUUGCUUCACCGCAACGCGUCCAUGGUGUACAACCCGCCCAACUCGGACAUCUUCUCGUCGGCCGUGCAGGCUUAUGAGCCCCGCGGGCCGGUGCCGAUUGUGCUGCAGCUCGCCGAGGCGCCGGCCAACGCGCCGGCCAAGUUUCUGCAGCAGAACCGGCUGCAGCGGCUGCAGGCGUCGGGCGUGUCGCUCAGCCGCUUUGCGGCGCGCCCGCCGGUGCCGCCCGGCAGCGAAGGACCUAACAUUUACGUGCGGUGCCUGGGCGCGCUGCGGUCAGGCCUGCAGGCGGAGGAGGCUUUUGCGCUGAGCCACCUGGUCAAGAUCUCGUACGAGCGGGGCGACAAGUACAAGUUCGAGUCGUUUCCCGGCCUGGCCGAGGGCCUCGUGGAGAAGGCGCUGCAGGUGGGCAGCCUCUUUUACCACGACGUCGCGUGGACGGUGUCGUACGACGCGGACGGCGGCGGCGACGACGCGGACGACGUGGGCGAGCUGGACGGCGUCCACGGCACGCCGGACAUUCUGGAGCGCAUUGCGCAGCUGCGGCCGCGCGCGCGCAUCGACUGCCUCCAGACGGAGGCGUUUGCCGACCAGAUGGUGCUCAUCACCGAGGCGGCGCUGACGGUGCGCAACAUGGUGACGCUGCCGGAGAACGCGUACUUUGUGGCCGACUUUGCGCCAUGCCGCGACUUUCUGUGCAUCGCGCUGAACCUGCCCGACCGCGACGCCGUGGUCGAGCUCAAGCACUGCGCGCUCGACAUUGCCGAGCAGCUGACGCCGUUUCUGGUGCUCGGCGACGACGACCCGCUGUACCGGACGCUGCUGCGGCAGCUGGCGUCGCCGGACCGCGGCAUGGUGCUGACGGCGCUGCGGGCGAUUGGGCGCAUCUCGAUGAACCUGGCCGAGACGAACCGGCUCGGCGGCGUGCCGCCGAGCGUGCUGCAGCGCGUGACGCAGUGGCUGCUGCUCAACGACGACGAGCUCAUGGACGCCUGCCUCGACUUUUUGUACCAGUACACGGCCGUCGCGGCCAACGUCGAGCGCCUGCUGCGCGCCGUGCGCGCCGAGGGCCUGGUCAGCCACCUCGUGCGGCUGCUGUCGCACGGCGCCAAGCGCAGCGUCAAGGAGCUGGUGCUGCAGCCCGAGCGCAGGCUGCCGGCCGCCGACGAGGUGCUGGCGCUGCCGCCGGACCUGCUGACGCGCCUCGUGGCCACGGACGAGCCCGAGCGCUGCUACACGUGGCUGCGCUGCUUCUUCGAGGAGGACCCGGACUCGUCCAUUACGCAGAUUGCCAUCUGGCAGGCGUACCAGUCGUCGUUUUUGCAGCCCGUGCAGCAGUCCGGGCGCACGAUGCUGGGCGCCGCCGAGUUCAUCCGCAACGUGACGCACGUCUAUCACGCGGCCGGCGCGCAGAUCCAAAAGGAGCAGACGCCGCAGGGCGAGGUGCAAAAGUUUAUUAUCAAGGGCAUUCGCCCGCGCCGCCGGCCCAUCAGCCCCGAAGGCCAAGAGUUUUUCCGCUGCCAGUGGCGCAUGCCGGCGGCGUCGGCGGCCCCCGCGUCUGCCUCCGCCUCCGCCUCCGCCUCCGCGCCCCUCGCCUCGCCGUCAUGCGGCAUCUUCUUUGGCGCCGCCGACAAGCUGUACGCGCACAUCCUCCAGGAUCACGUGGGCGAGACACCGGACGCCGACGGCAAGGUGGCCAAUGUGAAGGACUGCGAUGUGCGCUGCCUGUGGGCGGGCUGCCGCAAGUACCCCAAGGGCACCAAGAUGCCGCUGGCGGACUUUAUGAAGCACAUCAAGACACACGCCGUCCAAUCGGAGCAGGACAUCCGGCAAAAUCAGAAGCAGGUGCAGCAGCCGCAACAACAGGACGCGCCGGCCUCUGCCGAAUCCGGCUCGCCCGCCGACGGCAGCAAUGGUGCCGCACAGCCGUCCAACCCCCUCAAGCACCAGCGCCAGCGUAGUAGUGUGAGCAACGGCGAUUUGCUGGCGACGGGCGGCGCGCCGGGCAGUGGCGGUGCCGGCGGCAGCAGCAGCAGCGGUACAAACGGUGCCGCCUCGACCGGUGCCAACGGCACGCCCAAUGGCACGUCACCCAACGGCGGCACCGUGGCCAGCGGCGGUGGUGGCACCGGCGCAGCGGCCACAACGCCCAACAAGCGCCAGAAGCGGUCGUACGUCGUGCCGGCCAAGACCAUCAGCGUCGCCUACGAAGAGACGGCCACAAUGCGCGACGAGCGCAACCCCAACCUCCCGGCCCAGGCCGCGGGCAUCCCGCUCAGUGCCGUGCUCGUCCUGCGCAACAUGGCCCGCAACGCGUCCAAGGCCGAGGUCGUCCUCGACGAGCGCGGCCAGGUCGUUUUGUUGGACGACGAUGACGAAUGGGAGCAGCAGCAGCAGCAGCAGCAACACCACCACCACCAACAAGAACAACAGCACAAGAACAAUGGCACGUCCGGCAAGCGCAGCAAGCCAUCGCUGCCGGGCACGCCGUCCUCGUCCUCGGGUCUGCUGCCGCCGGCGACGUCGUCCAAGUUCACCGGCGGUGCGGCGGGCGGCGCUCGCCACGCGCACUCGCCUGCCGACGCGGCCGCUGCAGCAGCCGCGCAAGAGGCGGGUGGCUGGAACGAGCGGCUGUUCCGGCCUGUGCUGCCACGGCUGUACGAAAUCAUGUCCGAGAACCGCGCGCUGGCCACGUACAUUGCGUCGCUCUUCCAGCUGAUUGGCGAGGAUGUGUGA